AUGAGCCUUGCAGAGGUGGUCGAUAGUCUUAAAAAAAUCUUUUCUCUGCAGACGCUGAAUGCUGAACGUGUAUCAUGUUAUAAGCUUGAAAAUAUGUCUUGCCGCAACACAGAGGGCAAUGCCGUAUGCCUUUAUAUCACUCAGAUAAUGGUCCACUUAAUCAAAUGUGAAUGGCCCCAGGAAUGGCCAUCUAUGAUCCCCGAGCUUAUUAACUUGGGAAAGGCUGGUGUAAGUCGUCGCUACCGCAUCAUAUGUUUCCAGUCUUUGCAGUCUCUGAUUGUAUUUGAUAUUUUUCGUCGUCUUUCUGAGGACCUACUGUUUUUUCAAGACGUCCCCAUCAACAGACGCCGUGAACUGUGUGUUGCACUCUCAGACAAUGUGUCACAAAUAAUACACUUCGCUCUUGAUUUCAUAUUUUUAACUGUCGAUUCCCGCGCUUCCUUGGUUACCGGUUUUGAUGUGGACGUUACUCGUUCUUUAAAAUCUGGGCUUCUUCUAUUGUCCGCUCUCCUUGAAUGGUGUAACAUUACCUCCUUUUUCGAAUGGAAGGCUCCUAAGGAAGCUCCCACCACUUCCGAAACUGUUCCAAGCAUUCAAUUGUUGCUCUAUGUUGUUCUUUAUCCGAAAUUGCGAACAGAAGCCGCAGAAGUGUUGAGUGUUAUUCUUGCUAAAAAACAGAACAAUGUUUUGGGGUGCAAGUCUGUUGAAAUGAAACCUACGUACAUUUAUUUCGUCGCAUUUAAUUCCAACACUCGUCAGAAUCCAGCGGCUGUGAUUUUAGAUAUUACCAGAUCUGUUUUUACAAAUGUACAGUAUGACGAAGAGCUUUGCUUAUUUCUGCGUCGGUGGUCUGAAGUUGUUUCACUCCUCGAAUGUGUUUGUCGAUUCGCUGUUCUUGCAGAUUUUAUUUACCCCUCCCAACCAUUCAUCAAACCGACGUCUCUGCUCGCCAGGCUAUGGGAAGCACUGGCUUUCGCCAUGGACAAAACAUUGACGAGUGUUUUUACGGGCGAGGUGAUGGGCUCCAAGGUGCCUCUGGCCGAUGCUUCCCAUGAUCCAAAUCGGGGCCACGGGAUUCUCGUCUCCCACCUCAGUAAGUGUGUCGCAGAUGGCACGCUGGUGGAUCUCCCUGCCGACCCGGGGGUCAGACAAAAUUACCUCGGUGUUCUGCACAGUUUGAUCAUUAACUGUUUGGACACACAAGGCGAAUUUGCGUUGAAACUUCUCAUGCAGAAUUUACUGGCUCUCAUCGCUUCUUGCCUAUCACUGUUUUCUAUUCAGGACUUCGCGACCCUGAGGUACAAUCCCUGUGUGGUCACUUCGCAAGCCACAAACACCUUAGGUCCUCUCCGCAAGUACAUCAAUCUACGGUGUCAAAGUGUUAAAAAUAUGCACAUAUCUGUUGGUGUUAAUGUGUUUCGACUCGUUCGUGCACAACCUUCGGCGCUGCUGCCCUUCUUUGAAUCGUUUUGCUCCGAACUAAAUGACAUUUGGAGUAAUCGCCACGGUGGCCUUGGAGAACAGUGUCUACUUCUGGAAGUUGUCAUCUACUUAGCACUUCGCCUUCCCUGCUCUCUUGUUCAACAAAGGGAGAAGUUGGAGAGCAUUCUUGAGAGUGUCUUCGCGGAUUGGAAGAAAUUGGACAGCGUCCUGUUGAGUUUCGCCUCACCGGAGAGAGGCUGUGAAAAUUUGCUUGAGUACUUCGGUCUCACUCAGGAUGUCGACGAGCUCAAGGCGAAGCCUGAUCUCCUUGUGGAGCGAAUUCCUACGCGUCUGCGACUUCGCUGGAUCUCGGCGGCCACUCUCUCCGCCGUUCGUCGAUUGAACGCGCCGCUUUCUUCCGAACAGACGGAGCGUGUUUGUGUUCCUCUGGCAGAAGAUCUGAUUUUCCCCUGCUUUUGUCUCCUCAGGCAAGUUGUUUGUGCUUUGCCCAUGGAUCAAUGCGAUCAACUGGUGUGUCCAGAAAAACAAGGAAGGACCCUGAAUAAACUUUGGCAACCGGCAACCGCGGAGCGCUGUCAUCCGUCGAUGCGGGCGGCACUCGAGGUGACUGCGGGGGACAAGGCUCUGCUGACCCGCACCGCUCUGAAGAAGCCUGCGAAGACCGGCGACCCUAAGAAGAUGGUGACAGUUGAGUACUCCGUUUUGGAUAGCUAUUUACCGGAGCUGCAGUCAUUCCUCUCCCAUAUAAACGUUUCAACCAUUCAAACCUGUCAGUUGUUGGUCGAGGUCACAGCAAACCUCUUCUACAGCCUCCCAACCGAGCAACUGAAUCAGCUACUUUUCAACUGCGUCUGUCCAGACAUAGCGUCAAUGCCCGAUUACCGGCUUCUCCAGAUUUUGCGUUAUUUUAUGAUCCCGUUUGUUCGCUCUUGUCCCGCGGCGAACAUUGAAAGCGCUCUCAUUCCCCUCAUGCCGUAUGUCCUAGACGCGCUCUACCAGAAGGUGAACAAAAGCUGGAGCGUCGUUGAAAGUAUCGACAAGGAGGAAGUAGGCGAGGAGGAGGCUACCGAAGAGAUCUUUGUCGAGGAAACGGUUCGAUCGCUUUCUGCAAGUCUGGUGGAACUCACCCGCCUUCUUUUGGUAUUCACUGGAGCCCGUCAGAGAGGAAAAGUUGAUUCCAGCCAAGAGGAAAUUGACGUCGAUGUUGAGGUCCAGGAUCAGAUGGAUGUGGCGGAGGCUGCUCAGCCCAUAGUGUCAGAGUCGUCAAUUGUAUUCGGUCCGUUCGGAAAAGCUCUCCUUGCCGUGGACUCCGCCGAUGGCGCUAUCCCGGUGGACGGAAUGUUUGCACGGAUGGCCUCUUGGCUCACCGCAGCUGCAAAUUGGCCUGACAGCAAAGUUUGCACCAAGGCCGCAAUCUUGCUCGUCAAGGUUAUAGACUUCACUCUGCGGAGGGAUACACCGCAUGCGCACCUUCUGUUGCCACCAGAAGUCGCGUGUCAGUUGCUUAUUGGCGGAUUGUACGCUCUGCGUGCCAACGGACAGUAUCUGAGCGAGUUUGGUCCGCCGCUCUUCAAUGUGAUAAGUCGCGCGAUCGCGCUGAUUGCCGGCGGGUUGGAUGCGGUGACGGCGCACCUCGAGCCCAUACUCUUUUCUGCUCUGAACAGCUGUCAGAACAACACGGCCGCCAGCAAGCAUUUAGCCAAUAUAAAGAAAUACACGCUCCAGGUUUUCGAUCCGAAUAGGCCACCGUCGAAGAAGAUUCGUGAGCAACUGAAGAAUUUGCUUCAACCGCUAAUUGGGGUCGCAGUGGCAGAGCAGUACAAGCAGGAGCUGUCAAUCAGCACAUUGGAACCUCUCAAGCGUCCAAGCAUACGGUCGAGAAGGCGGAACGAGAACACCGAAGCGCGGACUGAAAUGGCCAUGCGGGCCCUGGCCGACCUCUUCGGUGGCGAGUGAGGGGACCUUCACUGCCGCCUGUCUGCCUUGUGUGUGUGUGUGUGUGAGUGAAUAUAUGUACCC